AUGGCUGCAGAGGAGGCUGUUCAGCAUCACAGAAUCCACACAGGGAAGAGGCUCUAUGAAUGCAGUGAGUGUGGGAAAACCUUCAAUCGCAGUUCAAACAUUCUUAACCAUCAGAGUAUCCACACAGGGGAGAGGCCCUAUGAAUGCAGUGAGUGCGGGAAAACCUUCAGUCAAAAUUCACACCUUAUUAGGCAUCAGGGAAUCCACACAGGGAAGAGACCCUAUGAAUGCAGUGAGUGUGGGAAAAGCUUCACUAGCAGUUCAAGCCUUUCUAAACAUCAGAGAAUCCACACAGGGGAGAGGCCCUAUGAAUGCAGUGACUGUGGGAAAACCUUCAGUUGCAGCUCAAUCCUUCUUACCCAUCAGAGAAUCCACACAAGGGAGAGGCCCUAUGAAUGCCGUGAGUGUGGAAAAUGCUUCACUAGCAGCUCAGGCCUUACUAAACAUCAGAGAAUCCACACAGGGCAGAGGCCCUAUGAAUGCAGUGAGUGUGGGAAAACCUUCAAUUGCAGCUCAAACCUUCUUACCCAUCAGAGAAUCCACACAGGGGAGAGGCCCUAUGAAUGCAGUGACUGUGGGAAAACCUUCAGUUGCAGCUCAAUCCUUCUUACCCAUCAGAGAAUCCACACAGGGGAGAGGCCCUAUGAAUGCCGUGAGUGUGGAAAAUGCUUCACUAGCAGCUCAGGCCUUACUAAACAUCAGAGAAUCCACACAGGGCAGAGGCCCUAUGAAUGCAGUGAGUGUGGGAAAACCUUCAAUUGCAGCUCAAACCUUCUUACCCAUCAGAGAAUCCACACAGGGGAGAGGCCCUAUGAAUGCAGUGAGUGUGGAAAAUGCUUCACUAGCAACUCAGGCCUUUAUCAACAUCAGAGUAUCCACACAGGGGAGAGGCCCUAUGAAUGCACUGAGUGUGGAAAAACCUUCACUUACAGAUCAAAUCUUGUUGUUCAUAAGAGACUCCACACAGGGGAGAGGCCCUAUGAAUGCAGUGAGUGCGGGAAAAGCUUCACGAGCAGCUCAGACCUUUCUAAACAUCAGAGAAUCCACACAGGGGAGAGGCCCUAUGAAUGCUGUGAGUGUGGGAAAAGCUUUAUUACCAGCUCAGACCUUUCUAAACAUCAGAUAAUCCACACAGAGAAGAGACCCUAUGAAUGCAGUGAGUGUGGGAAAACCUUCACUAGCAGCUCAAGCCUUUCUAAACAUCAGAGAAUCCACACAGGGAACAGGCCCUAUGAAUGCAGUGAGUGUGGGAAAACCUUCAAUUGCAGCUCAAACCUUCUUACUCAUCAGAGAAUCCACACAGGGGAGAGGCCCUAUGAAUGCAGUGAGUGUAGAAAAUGCUUCACUAACAGCUCAGCCCUUUCCAAACAUCAGAGAAUUCACACAGGGGAGAGGCCCUAUGAAUGCCGUGAAUGUGGGAAAACCUUCAAUCGCAGCUCAGGCCUUUAUCAACAUCAGAGAAUCCACACAGGGAAGAGGCCCUAUGAAUGCAGUGAGUGUGGGAAAACCUUCAAUCGCAGCUCAGGCCUUUAUCAACAUCAGAGUAUCCACACAGGAGAGAGGCCGUAUGAAUGCAGUGACUGUGGAAAAAGCUUCACUCGCAGAUCAGCCCUCUGUGAACAUCAGAGACUCCACACAGGGGAGAGGCCCUAUGAAUGCAGUGACUGUGGAAAAAGCUUCACUCAAAGAUCAGCCCUUUCUGUUCAUCAGAGAAUCCACACACGGGAGAGGCCCUAUGAAUGCAGUGAGUGUGGGAAAAUGUUCUCUUGGCAAUCAGCCCAUAUUAGCCAUCAGAGAAUCUGCAAGGGAGAUCAAUGCCAUAAAAACCUCUAGAGCAGGGGUUGGCAACCUUUCAGAAGCGGUGUGCCGAGUCUUCAUUUAUUCACUCUAAUUUAAGGUUUCGCGU